ACAGGCAAAGCUGAGUCAUAACAAACUGUAACAGGACACCAGACGAGCUUUUCUGUCCAGAAGGAGACAAACUUUGUCCGCAAAUACCGGCCGCCUCACGCGACCAAGCUAGGAAUAAAACUAGCUCAAAGUCAAAGUAGCUGCGAGGAAAAACUACAUUACAGCCAACAUGAAGCUCUGUUUCAGGAUCGUUUUACUUCUUUUUCUUGUUGCUGGGACAUUGACAGACGACGGAUUUGACCUGUUUGAUGCCCUCGAUGACGUGGCACCAACACCACCAAAACCCAAAGAGCAACCAAAGACACCAGAGAAUCCAAAAAAUGACGGUGGGCUAGACCUUUUGGAUGCAUUUGGACCAGAUGAGCCAGAGCCAGAAAAACCCAAGAAACCAAGCUCUGGAGAUUCUGGUGGGCUAGACCUUUUGGAUGCAUUUGGACCAGAUGAGCCACAGCCAGAAAAGCCCAAGAAACCAAGCUCUGGCGAUUCUGGUGGCUUUGGAUUUGAUCUGGAGGAUGCUCUCAAACCAGAUCCCAACUCCAAACCUGACAAACCUGCUGUCAACAAACCAAGCGGGGGAGGAGGAGGUGGAACAUUUGACGACGGAGACUUGUUCGACAUCACCGGUGACAGCGGCUACAAACCUGAUGGAGGCAAAGGAGGACGCCCUCCAGUGGACCCCAACUAUGAUAAUCAGGGUGGUGCUGAUCAGCCUCAAGGUCCAGACCUUCCAUGGGGCCAAAUCCUGAAGAUGCUAAAUGCUAACAUGCCAGAAGAAUUCUAUAUGUGGAUGUCCAACUUAAAGCAAAUGCUAGCGCCUUUGUUAGAGCGGGCCAUGGAUCUGCUGCAAGCUAUGCCAUGAGCCAGCAAUCUGUUUGCGUUUUGACUGGUCUCAGUUUGCACCACUAGUGGUUUACAGAUGUUUGGGUUGAUGUUUGCUGGACUCUUGGAAAAAGUUAGGUACCAGGUUGAAAAUCAGGAAUCAGAGAAAUUACGUUUUAUUUAUUUGUAAUAGACGGAUGGGAAUUCUGUUUACCUGGAAUUUCUCUGAUAGGUCUCAUGUAUGUCUUCAUAAUGGGGCAGGUGACAUGAAAAAGAAAUGUAUAUAUUCUGACAGAGGUCAAGAAAAAGAAACAUGAUCACAUCUGAUAGGUGUCAUGAAAAUAAAUUAUGCUUACAGCCAACAAAUGUCAUGAAAAAGAAAUGUUUACACACCCAACAGGUCUCAAGACAGGAAACGUAUUUAUGCCUGAUGGGUGUUAGGAAAAGAAACUGUUUAUUGCAUGCCGGAUAUCAACAAAAGAAGUGUUGAUGCACCCGACAGAUUUAAUGAAAAAGCUCCACUUAUGCACCUGACGGGUAUCAAGAAAAGAAAUGUUUAUGUACCCGAGAGAUUUAAUAAAAUACCUUAGGAAAUGUUUCAAGAUGUCAAAGAGGCAUAAAAAACUUACUUUUUUGCACCUGAAAGAUAUCAUGAAAAGGACAUGAUUAAACACCCAACAGGUGUCAUACACAAGAUUUAUGCACCAGGCAGGUGUCAUAGAAAACAAGUCUUAAUGUCUGAUAAAAAACAAAAAAAAAAGUCUGUUUGAGUGUAUAAUUUGAGCAUUCCUUGCCUGCACAAAUAGUAAACCUAUCUUUUUGCAAAUAUGCUAACUAUUGGGACUUUUAUUUUCUGUUGGGAUGUCCAGAGUUAUAUUUCUACCAUUGAGCAUAAGAGAAUUGACUGGUAGAAAAUGUAGCACAUGAUUUGUAAGUACAAUACAAGACACAAUGGGAGGAGGGGGUUGUGAGCUUUUAUCACAAAUUAUUGCAAGUAUGAAGCUUGUUCUGACCAGAAAAAUGUGUCAAUAUGUGUUGCAAAUCAUUGUCAUGCCUGAAAUCUGGUGAAAUGGGACUCCUCAGAAUACAUUUACUCUUAAGUGUAAUUUCUGUGGAGUACAGAUCAGAUAUGACCGACCAAUCACCACCCAGAACACCAGGAAUUUUGUUUCUGUUGACUUAUUUCAAAAGUUUUAAUUUACAUUUAGGAAGCAAUGUAAAAAGUAAGGGUGUAGUGGUUGAUUUUGUUGGGGAGACUUGAGUUCAUGUCCCAUCACAAAUGUGUGGUUUAAACUUUUUUUUUUUUUACUGUUACCACAAUCUUUCUCUAGUGUUAACUCAUCUAUCUCAUCUGAUAUGUGGUUCGGUUGGAGGCAACUAUUUUCUUCACAGCUUACAUUAGGUGAGAAGUGGUGGUAGAUCCUGCACAGACCACUGCUCGCUCACACAGCUGAUAAAUAGAACCCAUUCAUUCUCACCUUCGCACACAAUUUAACGCAACGGAACCUGCGUGCCUUUGCAAUGUGGGGGGAAACCCGAUCACAUAGAGAACACCCACACAGCUACUGCCACUUGCUUUUCUGUGUGAAGGCCCUUCAAGUCUGUUACUGUUUGUAAUGGGGUUUUUGACAUUUUUGGGUGCGAGAAUGAGAGUCCUUGACGUAUUUUCUUAUCCUCCUCUACCUUAUUGUGUUUCUUAGGCAAGAGCAGGUCACUCAUGUUGCAAUGUGUUGUUGAAGGUUACAUUGAAAUCAUAAAAAAGUCACUUUGUCUGUCCUUUGACCUCUGGCUCUCUCACAGCUCAAUACUUGUGCUGUGCAAAAAAUCUACUGAACCAACAUGUAGACAUAAACUCACCACGCCACAAGAAAUACUGCAGUGUUCAACAGACACCUUGUAUUUGGGUGUGUGCAUACAUUCCUUUUUUUCACUCUCCGCCCUGCUGUAAUGUACAUGAUGUGCCAUGACUCAGUCAUGCAUUUGAACUCAUGUUACCUUUACUUUACUGUGUGGAACAGAAUACACCACACAUCUGUAUGUGGAUUUAUUGUUGUUCAUGUUGGCUGUUUUGAUGCUUGCGGGUCAUUGUUGUUUAUUUCAUUUACUGAGGAAAUUAAGUGUCUGAAUCUCAAUCUGCUCAGCAAAAGCUCACGUGUGGGAGCAUUUUUGUAACCUUACUUUAUUCACCGCAGAUCGUGGCAUCAUGUUUGUAUCUGUGGAAAGCAAACUCUUUGUUUGAGUGUCACUUUGCAUCAGGACACACCUGGUUUCUGCCUGUGCAUGUCAGUUCAGCAGCAUCUGCCACAUUCUUAGCAUAGUCAGCAUUCAAACACUCUGCUGAGAGAUGCAGCAUGGAGAGGUGCACAUUUCUUAUCCUCCUACUGUCUGUGGACAAACUUUUACAUAUUUGAUCAGAUGAUGAUUUUUCCCCUUUUGGCCCUCUGUAGCUUAUGAAUGCUUCUUUGUGUUAUCUUUGGUAUCGUUGGCAGCAUGUUCAUUUUUGGUGGGUUCUUUGUAGUUUCUCAUUCAUUUGAAUUCUGAAAUGUGUACCGUUGUUGCAUUGCAAUGUAAGACAGUCAUGCAAGGUGUACAAGCACAAUAAAUAAAACAAGACUGUGGAAUGUUA